CACCAGUCACGCAGCCGUUCACAAAUACUAGAUUAAAUGUUUACAAUUGAAUCAGCGUGAGAAAAGGAAGAUUUUGCGCCAUUACGGUCACGUUCACAUCGGGAGCGUGUUUUCUUUUCAGAGUACAGCCAUGUGAUGCAUAUAAGUCGAGUUUAAUGUAUCAAUCCCCACCAACGCUUGUGUGCCACGUUUGAAGCUCAUUGACAUGACAUGGACCGAGGAGUGUCUCACUGAUAACAGAUGAACUGAGGAACAAUGUCGGACCAGGGUUAUGGCUUAACUCUCUCGGCUGCACCCCCCUUUCGCAGAGGCAGCACCCCCUUGCCAAUCAAGCACCAGCUAAGACGAGAAGAGGCUGUGUCCGAGAAUUACGAUUGGACGCCUGGGCUUGACGAGCCUGUGACUCCACAAAUCAGCAUCAGCAAUACCCAAGAUUCGCCCACCCUAAAACCUCCACAGCAAAAGUACCAUGGACCCCUUCGUAUAGUGCUACUGGGCCAAAACGGAGUUGGGAAAUCCUCUUUGGCACUUUGUCUCGCCGGCCUCUCUGACAGAUCACUGUCUCUAGACUCAGAAACCCAAGCAAUUGAUGAGGGUUACCAGAGACGAGUGACCGUGGAUGAUGAGGACAGCACAAUUUUAGUGUUUGACAGUUGGAAACAGGACAUGUCCACCCUGCAAUGCGAGGUGUGCAUCCUGGUGUUCUCAUUGACUGACAGGCAUAGUUUCCACCGAAUUGCCCAGCUCCGCCUGCUGAUGAGGGAGUCGCUGCCCCACACCCCCAUCAUCCUAGUGGGCAACAAGAGUGACCUUGUGAGGUCCCGUGAGAUCAGUACGGAGGAGGCUCACUCCAGCGCAAUGAUGUUUGGCUGCUUGUAUCUGGAACUCUCCGUCUCUCUGGACCACCACACUAAUGAUCUACUGGAGGCGGCUGUGAGAGCGGCCCGGGGCCACAGCCUGGGGCCUGGCUGGACUGAGGGGUCCCCAGCAGCUGCCCGAAGAGAGAGCCUGACCAGCAGAGCCAAACGCUUUCUGUCCGGGCUGGUUCCUCGCUCCCAUCUCGGCCGAGACCGAGACCGGGAUGGAGGAAGAGACAGAGACCUCAGUAGACACAGAGGAAGUAGAAUGCUCAGGCAGAAAUCACGUUCCUGUCAUGAUCUCAGCGCUCUAAUGUAACAUGACUGAUUCCCCGUUCACACUGACAGCGAUUUUAUUGUUGGAGAUAGCUGUACUGUUGGUUGCUAGCAGACGUUAUCGCUGCUGGAUGCCCAUACAUAAUGGUGGGCUGUGCAACUGGGUAUAGCUUUUGAAAAUGUUUGGGGAUCAGAAAUGUGAUGUAUUACCAGUAAAAAUGAGAUGUCAUAAUAUUUUGACAAGGAACCAGUUUUCUUGAUGCCAAAAAUGUACAUUCUGGAGGCAUAAGUGUUUGUAUAUUAAUUGGAUCAGUGCAUAAUACAUCAUAUUAUUAUUACAAGUAAUAUUAAAAUUACUUGGAACACAGACAUUUUCGGUUUUCCGUGCAUCUCUCUCUUUUUUUAUUUUUAUGAUGCCUCUGUAUGUGAGCAGCAGAAAAUCAUUUAGGGUUAUUCAAUGUCAAAUUUUAAAAACUUACCUGGCUGAAAUUUGUUAUUUAGUUAAUCCUUUUUUAUUUUUCUGAUGAAAAGUAAACUUAAAUGUUGAUGAAAGUAAAAAUAUUAAAUGCUAUGAAUUAACAUUUACAGAGUAAUCCAUUAUUUUGUAGAGAAUAAUUUAUAAUUAUUUUGUAGGGUCAAAAUGACAAUUUGCGCCUAUGAUAUUGGAGCAAAACUGAAAGUCAAAACUAACCUUAGAAAGGUGGCAGAGUCAUUCAUUUAUUUGUGCACCGAGACAUGUUUGUCUAUUCCUAAAGCAGUUGACUUCAGCACACCUUUUUGAUUAUAUGUCAAGACAAAUUUGUUUUUUCGUUUUCUAACGUUGACCUUAGACAUACUGUACAAUGCAACAAGGGGUGCUAGAGUUGAUUUAAUGUGUUUAUUAGAACUUUUUUUUUUUUGCUUCAAAUCAGAAGUGAAAUAUUUUCAUUUUGACCCCCCUCUACAAAAUAAUGGAUUACUCUGUAAAUAUUAAUCCAUGGCAUUUUAUAUAUUGGCUUUGAUAAUAAAUUGUUUAUUUCUUUCAUUAGUAAAAAAAUAAAAAAUAAGAAUUAAAAUGAAAGUGGUUUGGUUGACAUAGAAUGACCCUAGAACCUUUUUUUUUUUAAAUACACUGCCUGGCCAAAAAAAAAAAAAAGUCACAUACGCUAAUAUUUAAUUGGAUCUUUAGCUUUGAUUAUGGCACGCAUUCGUUGUGGCAUUGUUUCGACAAACUUGUGCAAUGCCACAACAUUUAUUUUCAUCCAGAGUUGCAUUAAUGUUUGCCCAAGAUCUUGUAUUGAGGACGGGAGAGUCGAACCACUCCGUAAAGUCUUCUCCAGCACAUCCCAAAGACUUUCAAUGGGGUUAAGGUCAGGACUCAUGCUGAAAUUUCACACAUGAAUUUGCACCACAAUCUACUUAGUUGUUUUCUUUGCUUGAUGUAGGCCAAUAAUUUGCCCCUUCUGAAACACAGUAACAUCUUUUCCAUGACCACGGGAUACGUCUUCCAACAUGGCUGUUUAAGAAAUGAGAAGCUACACUGUAUCUGUUAGGGUUAAAAUAAUUGUUGCCAGCAGAAACAUAUUAAUAAUUGCAAUAAUGAUCCAAUCAUAGGCUCUUAAGUAUCUGCUUAUUUAAAUCCAAUUGGUGACUUUUUUUGGCCAGGCAGUGUAAUUCACAGUAAAAUUUACUUCUCCCCUGCCUUGCAAAUAAUCAGCUACAUCAUCUCACAGGAGACGGAUGAGCUCAUGAGCUCCACUGUCCUCAUUUCCAUUAGUCAUCAUUCUAUUGUAUCGCUGACCAUUUGCAUAGGGUUUUUACACACUUUUAUCAACUUUGAGUCGCUGGACACACCCACAUCGAAUUGUGAAUGGUCACAGUCACACUUGUUGCAGAAAAUUAACAGCUCUUCUUAAAAAUGAAUGCCUCCAAAUCGCUGUCAGUGUGAACACUUAAAUGGACGAGAGAAAGAGACUGCUGAGAGCAUGCUGGAAAUAGAGUUUGAAAAAUACUAAAUGAGGAGGGGGGGAGAUAAAAGAGAAUAACUGCAUGUAUAGAUUUAAAGGUGCUGAGAUAAGAGACAGUGUUUCCGCACCACAUCACAAAAGCGAUAAUCUUCCGAUCAUAUUACCUAAACUAAUAUGUGUGAAAUUAGUUGUUUAUACCAGUCUCCCAGUCAUCGAAUGUGACCGUGGUGCAGAGAAACCAAGCAGUGUAAAAACUAUGCUGACCAAAACAUGACCUUUUAAGGUUGCAAGAGUCCUCUAAACACAGACAAACACACACAAAUAAAGCACUGAAUCUCAGUAUAAUGAGUAGAUCAUGCUGCCUGUGGCAGGCUGUUAGUGUUGAUAGAGUAGCUCCCGUAGUAGUGCCUGUUGAGAAGCAUGCUGACACUGCAAGGAUACAGAACUGUAGUAAAAGUUCUGCUGUAAAAAACAGGACCACAGGCACUAAACAAGAUAAUGUAGUUAUUGCAUAGAUUUUCGUUUAGCUUUUUUCACCUUGUUCCCAUUAAAAAUCUUUCUCUAUCACAGAGAAAACUGUUGGAACUAACACAGUUUCAUAACCAGUGUUGUGUGACUUUUAGUCAAUGUCAAUUAUCUUUGAUGCCAUUUAUAUGCUACUGUACUCCUAAGUUGACAAAAGAUACAAUUAGGUGAAAGUCUUACUCAGACCAAAAAUAUUGAUAAUUCCUCUUGCAUACAGGGACGUAUAUAAAUUGAUGUCCAAUUAAAUGUUCUCUAGUAGUAGAAGGUCCCCUUCUUCUAAUACUAUCUGUUAACUAUUAGCAAUAGCAAGAAGCAAAUCAUGGUUCAUGUCUGUGGCAUAAACCAAAGCCUUGGCUAUUGAAAAAAAGGGGGCCAAGUGUUUUGAUGUGUUCCACUCAAACGUCCUGUUUCAAUUGAAAGUAUGUCCACUCAGAAAAGAAAUCUGAGCUUGUAAAGUCAUUUCAUGGAGUCUUUUACCAUUUUUGUCUGUCCAUGCUAAUUAGAAAAAUGUCAAAAUCACAGUCAAUAAGAACAUAUUUGAUGUUAAACAGACCACAGUACUGUCUACCCACUUUUUCCGCUGUUUUGAUUUUGGAAGUAUUUUUCUCACAAUUUUUUUCCAUAAUAAGGAUUUCAUAAAGCACUUCAUAUAAGACUUCUAAGCCAUUAACCAAACCAUCCAACUCCGAGGUGAAUAGCAACAAUCAUUCUACAAACUUUGAUUUGAAGCAGAAAAGUUACAAGGUACUGUUUUUAGAUAAACUAAACGCAUUUUUGCCUUUUCACCAGUGGGCUGCGUAAAACGACUGGUCUCGUGCAGUCUCCGUAAUGUGCAGAGGAGAGUUACAGUCACCGAACAGUUUCACUAAAUACAUUAGAUUUUGGUUUGUUUCUCAUUAAACCUUAUCGGAUGCUUUCAUUACAAUCACGAGUCUCAAAGAAUAAUUUAUUUGACUUUUGAAUUAUACUUUUGUGUCCCUUUGAAGCUUGAAGAGGUGUUCACCGUAAACUGCCAUUAUAUGACAUCACUAAGCACAACAUUUUUGAGUGAACUAACCCUUUAAUUUGGUACCCGUAUGCAGUCUGACUAACACACGACUUCUUUCAAAUGCUCACAUGCUUAUUUGAGUGUGCUCUGUUACUCCUUUUAAACUGAAAUGAACAAUUAAUCAAAUUACAAAUGUGGUAUCUAGUGUGAUUAUUAAACCGCGAAAGGCUGCAAUCUUAGUGUGGAUGAGCUGCGCGCUUUAUAUGAAUAUAUAAAUCCGACCGCUUAUACACUGGAAACUCCACAGACAUUGAGAAUCAAUGGCGUUGUUAGAUGAUAGAGCAGAGCACUAAUCCACUGUGAUGUGCGUAUUACAUGUAUAAUAUAUUUUAUAUGAUUAAAUAACAGCAUUUGCACUUUAACAAUCACACUGGGCCAUGUAGCAAACUGUUCAUACAUCAGAGAAAGUGUAGCUUCCGUCAAAACCACACAUCAAAAUAAAAGCAUGAUUCAAAAUAAAAGCUAGGCGACUGGAAUUGAAGGAACUGCUACAGAAAUACAGUGUAUUUCAACUGUAUAGUAAAAUGUAAUAUUCAAUGUAGUAAUAUUCAUAAUAAUAUUAAAUAAUGAUUAAUAAAUAAUAAUAAAAUUAAGCAUUAUAUCACAAGCAAGAGUGCUGUUAUUCUAAAUGCCAUAGCAUGUUGAAAAGUACUUGUUCUAUUUUUUUACUUGUUAAAAGGUUCAAGAACUAAUUUGAUUAGACACCAAUUUAUUGAUAAAAUUAAAUUAAACUUUAAAACAUGGAAUUUUGGAAAAAUUAUAAAGAAAAAAUAAAACAGAUUUCAGUAUGGCCCUUGAAAGAACACUUGAAAGAAACAUGCAUUUAAUUUAUUAUUUAUAUUAAAAUUGAACUUAAAAUAGUCUAAAGGAGUAUGUUCAAUCAGUUUAAUUUAUUGACUCAAUUUGUCCAAAAGAUUGAUGUGAUCAGCAUGUGUUGACCUCCAGGAGGAGAUCAUUCUUUAUGCAAGCUGUUAUUGCGAAGACAUAUGUCACACUAGGAAUUUUCCUUCAGACUAAUAGUAAAGAUUUGUGGAACAUAUGGUCUGAAUCAACAGAAAUGUGGAGGUAAAGGUAUUCAAAGCAGUUUUUUUUAAUUGUUCUUGGAUAAACAGCUGGCUAGUUGCUGUAAUUGCGAAUUGUACCUUCAAGGGCCUUAUUUACAAGAGGAAUUAGCACUUGCUAAAAUAGUUUGCAUGUUCAGUUCCGCAGUGUGAUAAUUACUGUAGUGAAAAAAGUGGCAUAUGGCUGAUUUGGCGUGCUUCAGAAAACACAUUCAACAAACAAAAGCUCCAGGUUUAUGUUGGAAUUAAUUGAGAACAAUAUUUGAAGAAAACAAGCAGUAUUUGUGAUACAUUACAUUGUGAUACAGAUACAUUUCUCCCUGAUUCCUUUUUUAAUUAUUUGAUUAUCUGAAUUUUGACAAUCGUAAUUGCUUUAGUAAUCUAGCUUUUACUCACAAAGAGCAAAAUCCCAUUACUAAUGGAUUGUUUUAAGUUGUAAUGGGCCAUUUGUUGCUGGUGCUACAGCACUUAUAAUGAUAAAUUGCAAUACAUUGGUAAAAUCUAGUAGUUCUUACUCUUGCUGAUAUUAACAUCAAUUUAAACUCUUAAUUACUCACACUCCUAAUUAAACUCCACCAAAGAAGUGGAGCUGCUAUUUAAUGAGCAUAAAACAAGAAAAAAGACAAUAUUAGGCAAUCAGUGCUGGCAGGGAAAGCAGAUUGGUCUGUAGAGAGAGCUUUGAUAGAGUCCCUUGAGUCAGACAGAGACAACUCUAGAGAUUAACUUAAAUUUUGAGUUGUGCCAAAUUGCCGUUUAGCUCAUUCGACACCUCAGUCUAAUGAAAGCAAGUCAUGUUCACACAACACUGACAAGUAAAUAAAAACCACUAUAAUAUUAUAAUAUAUAUAGUAUUUGAUUUAGCUGAAUGCAGUGGCUAUAUGCAAGUCUCAGAAAUCUAAAUAUAACAUGCCCUGGGUUCAUGUUAGAAAUGUACUUUCACCUCACUUUCCUAAAUUCCUUGUCACCAAAUAAAGAACAGAUGUUUGGAAAAGCAAUACUGAAGACGGCCCACUUUUUCAUCUAGUCUUAAAGCAUGUAAUGUCUUUUCUCAAAUAUAAAGAGGCUGAACUGUGAUUUUGCCAAGUUUAAUGUGUAUCAUGAUCAACAUCCUUGUUGGUCCCGGAACCAUAUUCCCAUCAACCAAUAAAAUUUUACAGGUAGGGUCUUGAACAACAUGCAUACAAAACUAUCAUUUCCCUCUGAUCUUUGAAGUUACUGGUAGGGUUCAAAUUCAGAAAAUAACCAGGACUCAGGGCUCUAAAAUGCCACUGAAAGUUAUCCAGUUAUUAAAUAUGUGGGGAUCAAAAGGUGGCCCAAUAUAUAUGAUUUGAUUGUUUAUAUAUAACAUUUGAUAUUUUUCAGAAUAUUCUACUGUAGAUUAAUUUAACUAUAUAAAAAAUCAGCCUUGAAGACUGUUCAUAAAACUAGCCUAUGCUUGUCUAAAUUUGUCCAUUAAAUUGGAUUGUGUGUGUGUGUGUGUGUGUGUGUGUGUGUGUGUGUGUGUGUGUG